AUGCCGGCUUUCGUGGUGGUUCCCGCUAACCCUGACGACCUGGAGGCAGUGACCCGAGUUCAGUUCGACGCCUGGGCCAACGACGCGGGCUUCAAGCUGAUCUUCCCCAAGGGGCCAACGCCAGACACCAUUCAGCACACCGUCAACCAGCUAGAGAAUGACAUGGACAACGACUUGACUCGGCAUCUGAUGCUCGUCAAAGACGCGUUCACAGGCGAGAUCGCCGCAUACGCCAUCUGGCACUUUUAUCCGCAACGUGGCCACGAUGAGAUUGAGAGAGAAAUGUUAACAGAUCAUUUUCCUCUACCACGUGAUGCUGACCUGGAAAUUGGGAACAGAUUGACACACAAUGGUGUGAGGAAACAUCAUGAAGUCGUUGCAAAGCACUUGGGCCAUGUCCUCUUCGCCGUUGGCACCAGUCCCAAGUUUCUGAGGCAGGGUGCUGCUACGAUGCUAGUGAAAUGGGGCAUCGAAAGGGCUGACGACUUGCAUCUGCCUUGCUAUCUCGAGUCAUCACCGGCCGCCAGAAAUAUCUACGCCAAGCAUGGCUUUGAGGAAGUCGAUCAGUUGAAGCUCGAAGCACCGACGGAUGGUAAUUUCUAUCAUAUUUGCAUGGUCCGGCCAAGUCCGACAUGA